GUACCAACAUAGAAGAAAGAAGCGUAACGCAUCAUAUGACACAGAGAAUGAAAUCAGCAGGUUCCAGGAGGUGACAAUGAAGAUCGUCCCAAAAAAGGUCAUUAUUGAUAGAUUUGAAAAUAUAAGCCACACAAAUUCCGUUCGUUCUGCUACGCUAUAUAGACUGAAUUCACACGGCCGGAUCACAUACACAGUCACCGAACACUGUACGAACAAACCUAUAAUCGCCAAAAUAAAUAACUUUAGGAAGUUUGAGCGGCAGAAUUCUGGUGACUUAGGAUAAGUAUCACUGGAUUCCAAAAUUUCUACGAUUCAUCUCGACGAUCGUUGAAAUAAAUCAUUUUUGGUACAAGCAACAUUAAGGUGAUAGCGUGGCCAGGGAUAAGCGACAGACAGACACACCCACGGAAAUGAGUAAAUGCCAAAUAAUAUCUAAAAAACACCAGUGGCGUGGGAAGUAAAAAUAAAUAAAAGAAUAAAAAGACUGUCCAUUUGUAUUUCUGU